AUGUAUUCUCACAAAUCAGGUGCACAGAAGCAGAAAGAAAAACAGGCUAGGGAAGAGGCUGUUUUAAAGUGUGCAAGAACAUUAUUUGAAGUGGGUGUUAAGAAAAUAGACACAAUAGACACUAAUGUAGAAGACCAGAAUAUCUUGCCCUCAUCCUCAGAGUCAGACCCCUCAACUUCACAGUCAUUAGUCCAAGAUGCCCAACAGGAAGCCGAAUCCGAUGUAAUAAAUGCAGAACCCAAAGACACUGAACAACAAAGAGAUAUAGGUUUGAUCCCUGAUAGGCCAUCUCGAGUGCAGAUUGAAGAUUUUGUUAGACAGGGCCCUCAGCCAAUACCAAGUCAAAUUGCUUCAGAUGAUAAGGGUAACAGUUUCCCUUAUACAGUUUUGAAAGUUCAGAGACCAAAUGGUGAAACUGGAAAACGAGAUUGGCUAGUGUAUAGUCAGUGUAAAAGAGCACUUUUUUGUUUUCCUUGUCGACUGUUUAUUGCAGGAUGUACACAACAGCCAAAAACACCUUCAAAUUUGACAUCAUGUGGCAUUGGAAAACAAUCGUCAUGGAAAAAACAUUAUAACCGCAUUCCAGAACAUGAGCAUACAAACUACCACAAACAGUGUUAUCUAGACUGGCGUCAGUUAGAAGCACGUUUGAAAGAGGAAUCUGGAAAAUUGAUGAUCAGUUACAGAGAUCAUUCAGUCUGA